UUCCGGUCUCACCGCUUUUCUGUUGUAUGGCGCUUCGCGUAUUCAAUUUGACGCGACCUUCCACUCGUUCCAUCACCCGCAGUAUUCACAUUUCAACAAUGGCUUCUGACGCACCCGUGUACAACAUCGAGGACUAUCAGGAGGUUAAGGAGGGUCAGGCGACGAUCCUGUUCCCGAAGCGCAACGAGGUGUUCUACAACCCAGUGCAGCAGUUCAACCGUGACAUGUCGAUCGCAGGUAUCAAGACGUGGCGUGACAUUAUGAAGGAGGAGAAGAUGGGCCGGUACAACAAGUCGACGCGGCCGGGCAAGGUAGCACCCAAGACCACAAUCAAGAUACUGGAGGCUCUGGCAGCUUCUGGGCUGCGGUCCGUGCGGUACGCCAAAGAAAUCGAUGGCAUUGAUUAUAUUCUGACCAACGAUCUUUUGGCAGACGCGGUAGAGUCGAUUAAGCGCAACGUGCAUUUCAAUGGACUGAGUCAGGAUCUGGUGCGCGCAAACCAGGGCGAUGCAGUGUCAGUGAUGUAUGCUCAGCGUGACACAGACCGGUUUGACGUGGUUGACCUGGAUCCCUAUGGGUCGGCGGCGCCGUUCAUAGAUGCUGCUAUCCAGGCAGUCAACAAGGGCGGGCUGAUCUGUGUGACGUGUACGGACCUGGCAAUUCUGGCCAGCAACAACCACCCAGAGACGUGUUUUGCCAAGUACGGCGGCAGCCCGCUACGCAGCGAGUUUGGUCAUGAGCUGGCACUGCGCUUGGUCAUUAAUAGCCUACAGCAGGCAGCAAACCGGCACAAGCGGUACAUUGAGCCCCUGCUGUCGUGCAGCAUUGAUUUCUACGUGCGCAUCUUUGUGCGUGUACACGACAAGCCGAUUCUGGUCAAGGACGUGGCUUCCAAGACCGGCCUAGUGUACCACUGCAAGUCGUGCAGCGAUUUCACGACGCAGACGUUUGGACACCAGGAGAAGGGCAAGGGUGAUAUGAUCAAAUACACGGUCUCUGACGGCCCGACUGUGGGCCAGCGGUGCGGAAGCUGUGGCUCGCGACAGGAGAUUGGUGGCCCGUGCUGGCUUGGCCCACUCCACAACAAGGACUUUGUGCAGCGUAUGUAUGACAGCGUCAAGCAGGGGACGCCCAAGGUGUUUGGCACGCAGCCGCGUAUGGAGGGCAUGCUGAAGGUCAUUCUGGAGGAACUCAACGAUGUGCCCUUCCACUACUCGCUGCCGCAGCUGUGUGCAGCUGUGCGUGCUUCGAGCCCGCCGCUGGCUAAAAUCAACUCGGCAAUCCUUAACGCUGGCUACCGCGUUUCUGGGUCGCACACCAAGCAAUCGUCGAUCAAGACCGAUGCGCCAUCGCAUGUCGUCUGGGACAUCAUCCGUGCCCACGUCAAGGAAGCCGGUAGGUCCACCAAGAUUGUCGAGGGAUCAACCGCUGACAAGAUCCUUGCUAAGGACAUUACCACCGAUAUCAACUUCAAGACGCACAAGGAUGCGAACCCCGAGUCCCGCCGGAUCAAGCUGGUGCGGUACCAGAUCAACCCUGAGAAGAACUGGGGACCCAAGGCGAGGCACACAGAGACACCUAAGAAAGGAAAUAAGGGCGCGGCGAAGCGCAAGCAGGCUGAACCCAAGGAAGAGCAGCCCACGGAAGAGGAGCCCAAGAAGCCCAAGACGGCCGAAGAGUAAGGCAUGCAACCUCUCCCAAAAGCCAGCGCCAUCAUCUCGCUGGUCCAAAAAGGAAACUAUUCAGAUUUUUAAAAAAUGAGAAUAUUCAUUUUUCGCAAGCUU